AUGGAUACGUCUUCAAAUAUACACAAUACGCGUCAUAUGCAUCAUUUCCAUCAUGGCCUAGCACCCAGUCAGAGCCAUUAUAUCACGCCGCUGCCCACGAGUCAAACGUUCCUACCAUCGGCAUCAUCCUGGGCUGAAGAACUUGUUGCUCGUCAGACAUUUGUUCAAUCAACUCACUCGACUAUCGUCACUGUCAUGCCCUCGCUCGUUGUUCGUGAAGAGGAAACUGACAGUGGUGGUGGAGAAACAGACUCCGGAGCAUCAAUGCCUACACUAGUAGAUACCAGCUCAUCAUCACUGUCAUCAAUUUCAACUACAAUCACAGCCAUACCAAGUCCGAACAAUCCAUACAUCCAUGUACCAACACUACCUACAAGUUUAGUUUUUAUCAUCGUUGGCUCCAUACUUGGAGCUCUCCUACUAGCAUUGACUUUAUAUCGCAUCAUUAGCCACUACAUUUACUCAUCAAAAGCCCAAUUGGAAAAAGAGAUUUAUUAUUCGGGACCAAAUCUAAGUGAAAUGUCUCAACAUUACUCAUUUCCUCAUAAACGAAUGGCAUCUUCAUCAUCAUUCCUUGACUUGUCAUCAAAUUCAUCCACUUUAUCUCAAGGGAAAUCACUACAAAACCAUAUUCACAGCGAUAAGCAACAAUUUCGUAAAUCAAUGUUUAAUAACCCUAGUUUGGAAUACGAUAGCUUAUCGGUGCCCUUGUAUCAAGAUAAACGAAAUUCUUCGUCAGCAUUGUAUUUGCAAAAAUACAACAAUUCAUCCACUGCAUCACUAAUGAAGCCAUUGGGACCAUAUUUGGAUUCCACUACAGUGGCAUCAUCUUCAUAUCUUGAUGAUGGUAGCAAUACCAACAAGGAAACUGAUAGUGAAAAAUUGGGGACAACAGGUACGUUCGCAGGCAGUGUUCAAACCACAUUGCGUCCUCCUAGCAUGUAUCUUGAAGAUCUUUUGAAUGGGAAUGUUGAGAAAGAAGGAGAAGAUAAAGGUGGCAGUGUGGAGAAUGUGGAGAAAGAAGAGAGGUGA